AUGUUUGAAUACGCUGCCGAAUAUAGGCUCAAGUCAUAUAUCUCGGAGAUUCUUGAUGACUUGGAUUCUGAGACAGCAAAGUUUGAGCGGUUUACGCCAACCAUGAAGUCGUUCUACACUGACUUGCUGCGGCGGUGUCUUCAGACAGAACGAACCUCGACUGCACAUGAGCGACCUUGGCUAAGCAUAUCCGAGACCGUCGCCUACCUCGUCGACAAGGGUGCUGAUCCCAAAAAUCAGCGGAUAGGGAGAGAGCAUGUGGCAGAUACUACAUGGAUGCUUUUCUGCAUGACUUCGAGGACCGCCUCCGUCAUGGCGACCAAGUCAUCUUUGGUAUGUGCUGUGCACUAG